AUGGACAUUUACGGUGGCAUUGGUUCUUCAGUCAUAGACUACGGUGGCAUUGGUUCUUCUGUCAUAGACUACGGUGGCAUUGGUUCUUCUGUCAUAGACUACGGUGGCAUUGGUUCUUCUGUCAUAGACUACGGUGGCAUUGGUUCUUCUGUCAUAGACUACGGUGGCAUUGGUUCUUCUGUCAUAGACUACGGUGGCAUUGGUUCUUCUGUCAUAGACUACGGUGGCAUUGGUUCUUCUGUCAUAGACUACGGUGGCAUUGGUUCUUCUGUCAUAGACUACGGUGGCAUUGGUUCUUCUGUCAUAGACUACGGUGGCAUUGGUUCUUCUGUCAUAGACUACGGUGGCAUUGGUUCUUCUGUCAUAGACUACGGUGGCAUUGGUUCUUCUGUCAUAGACUACGGUGGCAUUGGUUCUUCUGUCAUAGACUACGGUGGCAUUGGUUCUUCUGUCAUAGACUACGACUACGGUGGCAUUGGUUCUUCUGUCAUAGACUACGGUGGCAUUGGUUCUUCUGUCAUAGACUACGGUGGCAUUGGUUCUUCUGUCAUAGACUACGGUGGCAUUGGUUCUUCUGUCAUAGACUACGGUGGCAUUGGUUCUUCUGUCAUAGACUACGGUGGCAUUGGUUCUUCUGUCAUAGACUACGGUGGCAUUGGUUCUUCUGUCAUAGACUACGGUGGCAUUGGUUCUUCUGUCAUAGACUACGGUGGCAUUGGUUCUUCUGUCAUAGACUACGGUGGCAUUGGUUCUUCUGUCAUAGACUACGGUGGCAUUGGUUCUUCUGUCAUAGACUACGGUGGCAUUGGUUCUUCUGUCAUAGACUACGGUGGCAUUGGUUCUUCUGUCAUAGACUACGGUGGCAUUGGUUCUUCUAUCAUAGACUACGGUGGCAUUGGUUCUUCUGUCAUAGACUACGGUGGCAUUGGUUCUUCUGUCAUAGACUACGGUGGCAUUGGUUCUUCUGUCAUAGACUACGGUGGCAUUGGUUCUUCUGUCAUAGACUACGGUGGCAUUGGUUCUUCUGUCAUAGACUACGGUGGCAUUGGUUCUUCUGUCAUAGACUACGGUGGCAUUGGUUCUUCUGUCAUAGACUACGGUGGCAUUGGUUCUUCUGUCAUAGACUACGGUGGCAUUGGUUCUUCUGUCAUAGACUACGGUGGCAUUGGUUCUUCUGUCAUAGACUACGGUGGCAUUGGUUCUUCUGUCAUAGACUACGGUGGCAUUGGUUCUUCUGUCAUAGACUACGGUGGCAUUGGUUCUUCUGUCAUAGACUACGGUGGCAUUGGUUCUUCUGUCAUAGACUACGGUGGCAUUGGUUCUUCUGUCAUAGACUACGGUGGCAUUGGUUCUUCUGUCAUAGACUACGGUGGCAUUGGUUCUUCUGUCAUAGACUACGGUGGCAUUGGUUCUUCUGUCAUAGACUACGGUGGCAUUGGUUCUUCUGUCAUAGACUACGGUGGCAUUGGUUCUUCUGUCAUAGACUACGGUGGCAUUGGUUCUUCUGUCAUAGACUACGGUGGCAUUGGUUCUUCUGUCAUAGACUACGGUGGCAUUGGUUCUUCUGUCAUAGACUACGGUGGCAUUGGUUCUUCUGUCAUAGACUACGGUGGCAUUGGUUCUUCAUGGUUCUGUCACCCUUUCUGUCAGACUACGGUGGCAUUGGUUCUAGACUACGGUGGCAUUGGUUCUUCUGUCAUAGACUACGGUGGCAUUGGUUCUUCUGUCAUAGACUACGGUGGCAUUGGUUCUUCUGUCAUAGACUACGGUGGCAUUGGUUCUUCUGUCAUAGACUACGGUGGCAUUGGUUCUUCUGUCAUAGACUACGGUGGCAUUGGUUCUUCUGUCAUAGACUACGGUGGCAUUGGUUCUUCUGUCAUAGACUACGGUGGCAUUGGUUCUUCUGUCAUAGACUACGGUGGCAUUGGUUCUUCUGUCAUAGACUACGGUGGCAUUGGUUCUUCUGUCAUAGACUACGGUGGCAUUGGUUCUUCUGUCAUAGACUACGGUGGCAUUGGUUCUUCUGUCAUAGACUACGGUGGCAUUGGUUCUUCUGUCAUAGACUACGGUGGCAUUGGUUCUUCUGUCAUAGACUACGGUGGCAUUGGUUCUUCUGUCAUAGACUACGGUGGCAUUGGUUCUUCUGUCAUAGACUACGGUGGCAUUGGUUCUUCUGUCAUUUUUCCCCCAAGUAAGAUUCAUGUCUGA